AUGUUGAAAGCGGAGAAUCCGAAUCAGCACACAAACAUUUUCUAUGAGCAGGAUGGUGAUGCAUCCCUCUCCUUUAAGCAAAAAGAAAUUGAAGUAGGAAAAUACCCACCUUUCAAUCAAAGCCCCAAGAAUUCUAAUACAUUUAAGAUAGUUCUACAUGGUUCGAACACUGCAUUGCCUAAAGAGAUUGGCAAGGGCUUGAAUAGCACAAAUUCAAAAGCACGCAUCUCUCUAUCUCUAUGGAUGAAUGCCUCGGUGAAACUGGAAACUGGGGCGUUGAAGACUGGAAGUAAGAAAAUUUAUGUUGAUUGCAGUUUGACAGUAGAUGCUCUGUCAAAAAGUGCGUGUGUACUUUCUCAGGAAUGUCAUACCAAGGGCCAACUCUGA